AUCAGACCGAAAUCGACACAUGAUGACCCACAGGUCUCUGAGGCUCAUCAGUAUUUUCAGAGCUGCUGAAAUCCUAUUUCUUCUCUGCCACCAUCAGUGAAAGACAAAGACAGAGUUUAUUGAAGGACAGUGAGAAGAUGAGUGAUCCAGAACCCUGCAGAAUUAAACAGGAAGAGACUGAAGAACUAAUAGAUGUGAUGGUGAAGGUGAAAAGUGAAGCACUGAGUGAAGAUGAGGAGAAACAUCAUGUCAAAACUGAAGACGACACUCAGGCAAACACCGAACACAGUUUUAUAAGGACCAGCACAGCUGUAAAUGGUUUCACCUGCACUCAGUGUGGAAAGGGUUUCAGCCACAAAUGCAGUCUCGGCAUUCACAUGAAGAGCCACACUGGAGAGAGACCUUACAAGUGUUCGCACUGCGACAGCAGAUUCAGUAAGUUAGGAGACCUGAAAACGCACGAGACGAUUCAUCCAAACGACAAACUGUUUCUCUGCAUUGCUUGUGGGAAGAGUUUCAGGGAUAUAUUUACUCUACAAACACACACGAAGAAAUUUCACGAGCUGAAUGAAGACAUGAAGACCUACUUAAGCGUUCAUUCAAAGAUGAAGCCGUUUUCCUGCUCUUUGUGCGGAAAGAGUUUCAAUCGUUCACACUGUUUAAGGCAACACCUGAGGACUCACACUGGAGAGAAACCGUACAAGUGUUCACACUGCGACAAAACAUUCAGUCAGUCAGAUUAUCUGAGAAGACAUCAGAUGAUUCACAUGGAAGAGAAACCUUACAAGUGUUCACACUGCGAGAGAACAUUCAGUAAUACAAGAAAUCUGAAAACGCAUGAGAAGAUUCACACUGGAGAGAAAGCGUUUACAUGUACUCAGUGUGGGACGAGUUUCACAAAAUUAGCAAAACUUAAACAACACAUAAUCAUCCACACCGGAGAGAAACCACACAAAUGUGAUCAGUGCAGCAAAACAUUUUGGAGGCCUUCAGAGCUGAAGAUCCAUCUUAGACUUCAUACAAAGGAGAGGCCUUAUUCAUGCUCUGAGUGUGGAAAGAGUUUUACAUCGCAGUCAACUUUAGGAAGACACCAGAAGAUUCACACUGGUGUGAGAGAACAUGUGUGCUUGGAGUGUGAGAAGACUUUUAUUACAGCUGGAGACUUGAAAAAGCACAAGAGGAUUCACAGCAGAGAGAAACAAUGCAUAUGUACUGAGUGUGGGAAGAGCUUCACGAAAUUAUCAAGUCUCAACAAACACACGAAGACCCACACUGGAGUGUAGCCUUACAAGUGAUCACACUGCGACAUGGGAUUUUGUCAAUUUCAAAGCCUGAAUAAACAUGAGAAGAUUCACUCUGGACACUUCAACACAGUUAUCAUACCAUUUUAAGCAAGAAGAACCAUUUUAGGAGUAGCUUUAUUCAUGUUUUCCUUCAGUCAGUCACCAUGAGCUUGAUUUUAAAUCAACAGUUCUUGAACUUGCUUAGAAGACCAAUCACUUUGAAAUGUAUUAAAAGGGUCCAUAGCUACGUUUCCAUCCACCUAUUUUUAUGCGCAUUUUGGAGAUGCGCAUAAAAAAUUGGUUGAUGGAAACGGCAAGAUGCUCAUUAUUUUGAAAACGCGCAUAAAAAACAUGCGCGUAACUGAGUAGGAUAAACUUUAUAUUCGAUAAGAAAAUAUGCCAACAUAUUCCAUAUUCCAGUA